AUGCUGUUUUUCUUGGCUGAUGUGUUGAAGGAACUCAACGCACUGAACCUCAAGUUCCAGCGACGGCAGGUCGACGUGACACACGUGCUGCAGAUGGUGGACAACACUAGGCUCACCCUCCGCAACCGUUACCUGAGUGACGCGGACGACUUCGGAGAUGGGAGCAACGAGCUGAGCGCCUUCUUGUCGAAGCAUGCCUCGUCGGACAAAAGGGAGGUGAAGGUGACGGGCACCGACUCGACUGGCGCCCCGACUACUCAUGAGUACACCCUCCAUGAACAGAAAAUCAAGGGUCAGACACCUGGCCCGGGCCUGGACGACUGCAUCACACUGGCGAAGGGGUACGUGAAGGAGCUGUUGAAGCGACUGGAGACCCGGAUGAAGGAUCUGGGCUCUCUCGACGGCGCCAAGCUGUUCACGCAGGGGGCAUACCCGAAAUCUCACUCGAAGCGGCAGCGUCGGUUUUUGCAGUGGCUGGAGGCUCUCCGCAAUCUGUUUAAGCGGAAACCGUCCGACCCUGACACCCUGCCUGGUACGUCUUCGAUUUCGGUUGUGCUUGAUUGA